CUCCUUAAUUAGAGUUGGAGUCGGAGUAGGAUUCUUCAUCCACGUAGUCGCUGUAGUGAUAGCAUAAAACUUUGACAAAUUCCCCCUUUUCUCUCUCUAAUUCUCUGCAUAGGACACAAAAAUGGUGACCCAUUUCACAUUUCCACAUUUUACAUUCUCCCACUCACUCAAAUGCUCCAAUUCCUCCUCCUCCUUCUUCUAGAUCCAUAAUUCCACCAGAUUCCACAUCCUACCAUUUCCAAUCAUGGGUGUUUUGGGCGACUCUUUGUGCUUCUGUAAAGGGGUUGGAAAGGCCGAGAGAACCAAGGCCACCAUUUUUUCCGGCAAAGGCCCUGCCAUGGCUCGUAUCUCUGCCAAUGGAGCCUCCGGCACCGCUUUUUUAAUCCACCGGAGCCUUCUUUUGACCACCCAUGUCAAUCUUCCAUCCGUUUCUGCUGCUGAGAGUUGCGAGAUCCGCCUCCAAAACGGCGUCGCUGCCACUCUUGUUCCUCACAGGUUCUUCGUUACAAGUUCCGUUUUGGAUCUUACAAUAGUGGGAUUAGAUGCAGUGGAAGACUCCAACUCUCAACAGCUUCAGGACUUGAAGAUAUGUUCUAAACCGAAUCUUGAAUUUGGUAACACCGUUUACCUCUUGGGAUAUUCUGAGAAAGACGAAUUAAUCAUUAGUGAGGGAAAGGUGGUUAUAGCCACUGAUAACCUAAUAAAAUUGUCGACUGAUGGGGUAACAUGGAGUCCUGGGUCUGCUGGAUUUGAUGCACAAGGUAACCUUGCAUUCAUGGUAUGUGAUCCUAUGAAACUGGCUACAUCUCCAAAUACCAAAUCAUCAUCAACUUCUUCGUCAACUUCAUCCUCUUGGAAAAAGGAUCUUCCUAUGCAAUUUGGGAUUCCUCUACCAAUUAUUUGUGGUUGGUUAAACCAACAUUGGGAAGGUAGUCUUGAUGAACUUAACAAACCAAAGCUACAACUCAUCAGAUUGAUGUCUUCAGGACAAAAGAGUGAGCAUUCUUCUUCCUUCACAUUGAGGCAAGUUUUUAAGCCAAUGGAAACAAAUGAUGAGGAAACACCAUCACCAUCAAAUGUAGUCUCGAAAACCAGGGAUCUACCUGGACCGAGCUAUUCCACUACCACAAACACCAUCAAGGAAGAGGCUCCGAUGAAUAACCUACAUGUGAACCAUGUGCAAGGAAUUCCUACUCCAGAAAUAUAUGAAUCACCAAAGUUGAUAUCAGUUCCUGUUCGCAAAAGGGAAACCACACCGACACAGCUUCUGGAUAUCAACUUUCCUCCAAGAGUUUCCACGGCUGUGAUUAUGACGCAUCCUACCAGACAAACCCCACCACUCAGCUCCGAUGAAAAUUCCACUAAGGAUGUUUCUGAACAUAACCAAUUGAGACAAGGAAAAACCAUGGACAGAAAAAUUGUGGAUCCUAUCGAAAACGGAGAAGAGGUUGCGUCAACAAAUUCUACAAAUGAGGCAUUAAGUGAAGUUCAGUCUUGUUCAUCUCCCGUUGAAGUUUCAGCAAUGCAAAACGAGUAUAGCAGCGAGGGAGAGACCACAAUGUACUCAGCAGAAACUGCAGAGAGCCGCAACUAUACAAGUCCUAGAGAAGGCCAUUUUCAGCAGGUGGGAAGGAGUCAGAGUUGUGUAAACUACAAUAGAUGGGGAUCAGUCCAAAGUAAUCCCAUGGCUCGUCGAACAAUGCUAGAGAAUCAAAGAAGCUUCAGAAAUGGAAGGAAGAUGUAUUCUCAAGGGGCUGGAUCUUACAGAAGCAAUGACUACUACAGCCCGACAGUCUCCUCGAUCAUGAAGAAGCGAAACAGCUCGGAACAAGUUAACAGACCAAGGCAAAGCACGGCCGCUGCUCAUUCUUCUCCAAGAUGGAUGUUCUGAUAAAUUACUAUUCCACACAAAAGUAAAAGGGGGAACAAAUAUUAAGGUUUAUCAGUGUAUUUGGUUCCCAUUUUAUUUAAACUUAGAUACGGCUUACUCAUUUCUUCACUUGUGCAGAGACCAUUUUGAGGUGAAUAAGAAAAAUUGCCUUCUACAUUCUUCAUUGUAAUUGUAAAAUCAUUUUGACUUAAUUCUUGAUUGGAGGGGGAAAAGGAGUAAAGAAUAGAAGAACCAGAUGAAAGGUGUCUGGAA